AUGUUUAUAAAAUCAGUGAAAAAUCCACCCAUUUUAUGUCUACGCUUUUUAAUAUCAAGCAGAUCAAUUCAUGCAACUAGUGCCCUUAAGCUUUACUCACCAUCUGCACUCGGCAUUGACGGUUAUCUUCAAUCACGUAAGCGGAUAAAGGAUCAGUUUUCCAAUUUUUCUGAUAAAUUUAGGUCCAAAAUGAAGGAUUUUGUUUUCGAACCAAAGAAUAUGAUAUUUACAGAAGAUUUGAAAAAUAUGGUGCACAUGGCAGAGCCCACUGAUUUAGAUCUUGUUUUAAAUAUGAUUAAAAAGUUCAACAGUCAAAAUAAUGAAUUUAGAUUUGCAUUAAAGUGUUUUGAAGAUCCAGAUAAUAAUGGUUUCUUUGAUCAACAAGUAUCCUAUCAGAUAUUGCUUGAUUUACUAUACAAUCAUGAAAUGUAUGAAGAAAUGUACAGAGUGUUCGAAAGAGUACAAGAAAAACAGUUAAAUAUGACAAAGUUUCCUAAAUAUCCUCUCAUUCUAAUUUUAGCAGCUUGCUAUAAACAAAACACACCAAAAAGUAUGGAGUAUGCUUCAAAAAUAUGGUCUGAAAUGUUAAGUGUGGGAACAACGCCUGUCAGAAGAGCUGCCACAUUUUUUGCUGCACUGGCUUUAAAGCAGGGCGCCCCCCAUGUAGCAUUGGAAUCAUUAUCCAUGCAAACGCCACAUUAUGUGACUGUUAGAAAUAUCAAGGCCAUUGCUUUAGCAGAUAUCGGCAGAGUAGAUGAUGCUUUACCAAUACUGAGGGCUGUCAUGGAUAAUGACACACCAGAACAAAAAGGAAAACAUACUUUCUUUGAAGAAACCAUUUCUAAAGUGCGGAAUGCUGUAGAAAAAGCAGCUAAUAAAGAUAUUCAAAAGGAGUUUGAAAAUAUCGAGAAAGCACUGAGAGAUCGUAACCUUAUUGAUUCACAGACUUUAGAUCAGUUGCUGAGUUCGGAAAUCACUAUUGUUAAAAAGACGACCGAGAAACCAAGAGGCAUGCCGCGACUUCCAUACGGCCAGCGGCAAGGAGAAAGAAGUGUAGAAAAAACAGUGUGA